CAGCGUGAUGAUUUCCGGAAUGAUGAGGGAGCGAAGCAGUGCUGUUGUCAAUUUUUCAAUAGAUGUGUUGUAUUUUAAGUCACGUUAAUUUUAUAGAUCUACAAACGAAAUUACAUACAAGUUAUAUUUGGUUCAGCCGCCAGAACAGACUCAAGAUCUAUGGUGCAAUAUUCCGCAGUGAGAUUACUCCGUAGAUGUGGACGUCAUUUCACGACUUUCAUGAGGAGACAGGCAUAUCUUUAGUGAAAUCAGGAAUGCCCAGAUGAUUGCAGUAAAAACAAACCUUCCCUGAAUUUCAUCUAGUCUGGUUUUAUUCAAUAAAGAGGCCUAAAGGAAGUAACCCAGUGGGUCAGUUUUGGAGCACAAACCCUAUAACAUAUAUCUAAAAGGACAUGGUGAACUAUAGUUAAAGCAGCCUCCAGUUGGAAGGCAGAGUGAUUAACCCAAGGUCAAGUGUUGUUCGGUGAAAGAGAAAUUCCACCAGGUAUAAAGAAACUUUACACAGUUUAGUCCAUUUACAACUUGUGUCGCAUUGUAGCAGAAAAGAAAAAUGUCUUUUUCUUCUGUCAAUAUUGGACAACUGUCAUCACCUGGCAAUAGUUUACCUGUAUCUCCUAGAAACAUGCCAAUGCUGUGUCCGAGAAAUGUGGAACAUCUUGCGUCUCCUAGCAACAGACAGUUGCCCACAUCCAAUAUGAACAUGCCUUUACUUUCUCCACAUAUCAAACAAUUACUUUCUCCUGAUGCAAUACAAUCGGUGUCAGCCGGAACCAACGUCGUGUCCUCAUUUAGCAGUAGACAACUUUUUCCUGAUAAAAGUGAGCAACUCUUCACCACCAACAGACAAAUGCCAUUUAACAACAGUGGACAAAUACUGUCACCAAACAGCAUUAAGCAGGCUGCUCAUUUUGGGGAUUGCCAAGAAUACAGUCAGGAACAGCUUGCACAUCUUUCUGAGGUGACAAGGGCCAGACAGCUUCCCAAUGUGGACCAGGCAUGUCAGGGACUACAGGUAGCUCCCAGGAAUCAAAACCUCAUACAAGGCACAAGGCCACCACCCUCUCACGGCUCACCACAAAAUGUGUGGGGUCCAGCAAUGAACGUAGCUCCAGAUCAUGGACACAUAACUACAACUUGCAUAAAUGGAAUUUACAGUCAAUCAGAAGCUUUGACGGCUCCUAUUCCACCAAGGGAGGCAACACAUGGGCACCAAAGUCAGUUUGUACACGGCACAGACUUUAGUCUGUAUUCUAAUCCAAAUAUUCUUCAAAACCAAAUGUUGAAUACGUCGGAGUCUAGUAGAUUUCAAGUGAUGUCUUCCGAGUUUCAAAACAAUGGUGCAAUGCUGGAGCAGAAUCGGGAAAAAAAUAGUGGACAAAACAACAACAAUGGUUUUCCAGUAUAUGAUCUGACAACUUCCCAACAAGGUCUCCCAAACAUGGGACCAGCAACAGAGGUUAAGAGUGUCAAGUGUACCAGUAGUAGCAGAUCUCCAGGGACUGUAAGUGAGUCUGAAGAUGUCAUUGUAACCAAGGUUACUGGGAUAAGAAACGGUCACGAAACUAAACAUGACCAAACUAGCACAAUCAAAUGUCCAAAACACCAAGAGGAUCAAGUUCCUGGUAAACUUCAGGGCAAGGUUUCUAGUAAUACCACACACUCUGGACCACUUGGUCAGCAGGUACAGUCAAAAUCACUUGGACAGGGUGUAAUGUCGGGAUCUCUUCUAUGUCAGCAAAAGUCAGGCUUGCAAAAAGAACACAAGGAUAAUUUAGAUGGCCCACAGUUGCCCAGUGCCGAACUACUACAAACAAUGAUGGCUAAUAAUUCACCGUCCAAAUUUGUUGUAAUGAAGAUGUGUGGCAGUGACAAGUAUGUUAUUCUGUCUCCGGAAAAAUCUUCUUCAUUCGAAAUGGUCUACAAACCAAUGGGUUCCAUGAAACUACCUCCAGGGAAAUACCGUUUACACACCAUGAAUGCAAGUGCUCUUUCUGCUUCUCCAGAUAAAGAACAGACAACAAAACAGAAACCUGAUGGAACUUCUCCCAGUAAAGUUGCACAAAAAGCAUCUUCUAAUACUGGAGGGAAACUUUCAAAGAAAAAAUCUUCCAUCAAAAUUUCAAGUACAAAGGAAAACAAAGAAUGUAAAAAAGAAAAAAAGGCAAAGCAGCAACCAACUAAAGAGGCUGGGACAAAGAAGGCUAAGAACAAGGUUGAAAAGAAAAAGAACCCUCUUGAUAAAAAGCCUACAGCAAAGGAUAAAAAGCCUACAACACAAGGUAAAAAGUCUACAGAACAAGGUAAAAAGUCCAAAUCAAAACCCAAGAAGGCAAACGAUCCAAACGAUCCAAAUUCAAAAGAAAAGAAAAAGAAAACAAAGUCACAACCUGUAGAGAAAAAGACAGAGAAAAAAAAGGAAGAGACCAAAUGUAGAAUUCUGACACCCUGUCAAAAGUUCUGUAGAACAGUUCUCAUUUCACACAAUAAAGCAGGCAGGAUAGUACACACAAUCAGUAAUCCAGCCAUUUUUUUCACUGGUGGUCAUUUCUUGGCCUCUCAGGACACAAUCGAGGUAGAGCACCCUGUGUUUCUGUUGAUCUCUGACAAUGAUAAAAUCCUUGCCAUCAUGUCAGAAGCGUUCAGCCCAGGACAGUAUCUACUGUCCUCAAAACGGCUUGUCAUCUUCAAAGGUGACCACAUCUCAUCGGAUCUACAUGAUAAAGAUGCAAGAAAGCAACCACUUCAAUUAAAUCUGUUUAGAGCUGUUCUCUCCCCAUACAACUUUUCUGUCAGCAGUCCCAUGAAAGGUCAUGAAAUCAUACUGUUGAGCCAGUACCAGGAUGUGCCCUAUACCACAAACACAUCACCAACAGAAGGGUCACGGCUGCUGGAGGACCCAGAUUUAGGAGCAAGCUCUAGUCAGAUCAGUGAUGUAGUUGAUACUUGGAAUCAAUCAUAUGAUGUCUCAACUCUGGCCCCCUGUACACACCCCUUGUAUGAAACCAUGAAGGAAAUGCUGAAGAACAAAAUUGACAACCAACCAAAGACGUGCAAGUACAAGCUGAGGGUUCAACUGUUUGACAGCAGGAGGAAGAAACGACCAAAGAUUGUCGAUGAACUGUGAGGGAGGACAAUGCCCCGUGUACUGCUUAAGGCUUGACAAUGGCUUGCUCUCAGUCCGGUAACCGAGACGAAUGUCAUGUAUUCUACUGAACAGCAGGCAAUAUGCCGAAUCUGUAAAACUGUGCUAAAAUAUCUAGUUUUAACUAAUUUAUAAACUAUAUUUGUUACCUAACUUAUAAGUGACAUUGUCGUUUCGGAAAUUUGUAACACUAAAUUAAUACUCUGAUCUGUAUGAUUGGAAUUUGUUGUAACACGACUACAUUUGAGAAAGAUAACUAUGUAAUUUGUACUGAAUGCAAAAGUCUAGCCAAGGAAGGGUAGAUCUCUUUUUAUAUUGAUUUAUACAGUUUUAGUUGGGAGAGGACUCCGAACUGUACAGUAUAGAAAUGUCCAGUUUAACUAGAACAGGAUCGAUCUUUUACAUUGCACUUGUAAAAUAACUGAAUUUGAAGAUAAAUUAUUUUAAUUAUAAAGAGAUGAACCAUUUUCAAUUGUGUAAUUUAAUAAGAACGUCACUUUUAGAUAAAUAUAUUUUUAAUAGCUUACCGAUGAGAAACUUGUCUUUCUUCAUUAUCUGACAUAAGAACAUCAAGAUAAUACUUAAAAGCUGCUAGGAGGAGAUAAUCUCUGGUAUUGUACACAAUAGGAAUGACAGGAGAAGUACUUCAAUAACUUACAGAUGAUACUUAGUCUUUUUUUUUUAUUGUACAAAAUAAAAAUUGCAAGAUAAAUACUUUGGUUAACAGAAGAUCUCUCUAUUGUACAGAAUAGAAAUUCUUUUGUUUUCAAAAUAAAUUACCGGUAGCUAUUUCAGUAGUUGGAUAGAACUCCAGAGCUAUAUUGUACAAAAUACAACGGUUAGCUAUGCAUUUACAUUUUCAUCUGUAUGGUAUAUUAGACACGUUUGAUUAGUCUAGAGUGUAUCUGGAGUUCACGAUACUGAUAUUACUCAAGAUUUUUUUUACACCGUCGCACUCGGUACAUAAUGAUUAUAGUUUUAUAAUGACGAAAUUGAACAUAUUGCCAUCUCCAGUCUAACUCAUGAAAAUUGGAUGUACUUAGUAUACAACUUACAAGUCAGGACCUAACUCCCCGUCUAUGUGAUGAUGCUAAAGGGAAACGUUUGGCUGUGUUGCUUAGCUCCACAUUAUCUCUUACAUGUUUAUACCAAGUUUUACCUUAUUUACUAAUUGUUAUUGACGUUUCAUUAUUACAAUAUGUGAUUUAUAUUGAUUGUAUUACAACUGUUAUGUUUAAAAUAAUUGAUAUAGUAAAUGAUUAUUGUUACAUUGUUUCAAAAUAAAUCUGACCUGUUCUGGUGGUCCGUAGUUA